GAGAAGAGUGAAGAUCUCAACAUCUCUUAAGAAUCAAAAUGUUUUGGUUGGUCGCAGUUGUAGCAUUGACAGGUAUCUGUGAGGGCCAAUAUAGAAUGAAUUCUGGUAACGGUUAUAAGGGUUUUAACUGUAGCUCCAUAGGAAAUGGUAUUGCUUGGUGGGCAUGUCGAUCAUAUGGUGAAUGUCGAAACAACAUCCAUUAUCAAUAUGACUGUAAAGAUGGAGAAGCCUUUAGUUCAAGAACUCUCGGCUGUGUCAGUUUGUCUCGAGCCGAGUUUCCAUGUAAUCAAGAUCAUACACGACAAUGCCAGCUAUUAGAUGAUGCUGUCUAUGCCUAUGCUGAACAACAAAGUGAUAGCCAGCAUCCUCCUUGUUCAUCUUUCUACACUUGUCUAUAUGGUCAUUUUGCCGGUCAUCAGUGGUGUCCUGGAGAUUCGCUGUUUGAUGAAUUUGACGGAGUCUGUAAACCCGCAGAUGAGUCCUACCAUCAUAAUCCCCCUGCUUGUGUCAAGUCUGCGGUUCCAUCAAGGUUUUUUUUAAACGAAACUGAUAAAUCAUCGACUCUUUUGUCCAACCCCUCUUUCUCUACAUACAGAUUCGACGAAAGAGCGUCUGGACAGGUUGAUUGA